ACACUCAUGCAUUGUCCACUCAGGAGGUGUUUAUACGAGAAAGUUCCUAAUCAAUCCACUGCGAAUAAAGGAAGCACAACUCCAAAUACAUAACUUGGUCCCCGAUGUGAAAUACACGAAUUCUGGUUAUAUUUGCUGACUUGACCAAAAUUUGCCGAAACCACUGACGGACAUUUUGUCAAAAUCGGCGCAAUUCAAAAGCGGGAAGAAUAUUUUUUCUGAAUUUUUUUUAUAAAAUUAAAGUUUUGUCGAUAAUUCGAAAUAAGAAUGAAUCGAUCGAUGAAAGCCGAGAGUCCGAUGAGUUCCGACGGGGAUAAGAAGAAAGGAGGAAAGAAACGAUCAAAACAGCGAUCACCAUCGCCAAGCGAACAAAAUAAAAGAAGAAACAAGAAAGGUCGACCAGGGACACCCGCAUCCAUGAAGAGGAAGUCGUACAAGGAGGAGGAGGACGAUCUAACCAAGGAUUUGGAAGAUCCAUCAAUUGUUCCUCAUGUGGAGGAAGUUGCCGUUCCUAGACAUAUGUAUUCGAAGAAAGACAUUGAAACGCAACCAAUCAAAGGUGGAACGUUGCAGGAGAUUGUGGAGCGAGACCAAGAUUCGAAUGAUAAUGAUGAAAAGAAUGGUGAUGGUUCACAUGAGGACACGGUGACGGAACAAACGCAUCACAUCAUCGUGCCGAGUUAUUCGGCGUGGUUUGAUUAUAAUGCGAUUCAUUCUAUUGAACGAAGAGCCCUCCCCGAGUUCUUCAACAACAAGAAUCGUUCCAAGACACCCGAGAUAUACAUCGCGUAUCGUAACUUUAUGAUUGACACGUACCGGCUCAACCCGUCCGAGUAUUUGAGCGCUACCGGUUGUAGAAGGAACUUAGCCGGGGAUGUUUGUACUAUAUUAAGAGUCCAUGCAUUCCUUGAGCAGUGGGGAAUGAUCAAUUACCAAGUAGAUGGUGACAGCAAGCCAUCCAUGAUGGGCCCGCCACCAACUUCACACUUCCAUGUUGUUGCCGAUACACCAUCGGGAUUGCAACCUGUUGCCCCAGCUUCUAAUGCAAGCCAUGCACAUACUAUUGCUAAGUGUGAUAAGGGCAAACCUGGUGAGAAACCAUCAGCCCCCGACAGUGGGAUCGGGAACAACUUCGGUUUACGGACCGAUAUUUACGCGACCCAACACAAGAAUCAAACAGGGAAAGGUAAAACUGCAGCAGCCGCAGCGAUCGCUAAACCUUGGACGGACCAAGAGGUUUUGUUGUUGUUGGAAGGAUUGGAGAUGUAUAAGGAUGAUUGGAACAAAGUAUCUGAGCACGUUGGAAGUCGAACACAAGAUGAAUGCAUUCUACAAUUCCUUCGACUUCCUAUUGAAGAUCCUUAUAUUGAAGGGUCGGUGGUAGCGAACGCAAACGCCGAAACCGACGAGGAACGAACCGUUGUGUUGGAGCAACCCAUUCCAUUCUCUAAGUCGGGGAAUCCCGUUAUGAGCACAGUCGCUUUCCUCGCUUCGGUGGUUAGCCCUCGCGUGGCAGCUGCUGCAGCGAAAGCGGCGAUCGAGGAAUUCUCGUCGUUAAAGGAUGAAGUCCCGCAACAUUAUGUGGCUGCUCAUGUUAAAAAGGUUGUGGAAGAAUCAAAGUCCGGGGUUGAAGUCGGCCCCACGUUUGGUCUCGAUAAAAGUGGAAUCGCUGGUGUGGAAGCAACAGGCACAGACAAACCCGCUGAACCAACGGAAGACCGUGACAACGUGAACGAUGAUGAAAAUAAAGAUGAGAAAAUGGAGAGUGAUGAAAAAGCUGGGGAGGAAGGAGAGAAUGAAGUAAAGAUUGAGCGCAAGUUACCUGAAGGCAACAUCGCAACAGCUGCAGCGGCUGCCAUUAGCGCUGCUGCUGUGAAAGCCAAGUAUCUCGCUCAAAUCGAAGAAAGGAAAAUAAAAAGUCUGGUUGCUCAUCUUGUGGAAACACAGAUGAAGAAAUUGGAAAUUAAACUCAGGCAUUUUGAGGAAUUGGAAACGAUCAUGGAGCGCGAGCGUGAACAGCUGGAAUACCAACGUCAACAAUUAUUACAGGAACGACAAGGUUUCUUACACGAACAAAUCAAAUACGCUGAAGCUAGGGCUCGACAAACACAGCAGGCGAAACAGAUGACGCAAGCCCCACCCAACCAACCCCAACCAACCAACCCACUUCAGCAAGUCCAUGAUACCAAACAACAAGCACAGGUACCAACCAAACCUUAUAUACAAGUAAUAUCUUUUGCCGAAUCUAUUUAACAACUUUUUAUAAUC